UAUUCCCAUUUUAGGUUUUUUAUUGGAGUUACGUAGCUUAAGUGUUAAUAGUGCUUUAAGCUUCUUCGUUGCGCACACGUUUAGGUAUCUUAUCACAGUACACUUUGUGCUUUGAUGUACACAAGGUUCAAGUAUCUUGAGACGAUGGAGAGACUCAGGCUUGAUGGACGUGUGGCAAUUAUUACAGGUAGCAGCUCUGGUAUAGGGGAAGAAACUGCGUUAUUGUUUGCCAAGCGUGGUGCAAGAGUUACCCUCCAUGGACGGGACGAGAAAAAACUGGCAGACGUUGAACGGAGAAUUAACCAGCCGGACAAGACCCUGAUAGUGGCAGGGGACAUCACCGAGGCAGCGGUCAGACAAAAACUGGUGGACGCGACGGUUGAAAAGUUUGGACGUCUGGACAUUCUGGUCAACAAUGCGGGGUUCGGACAUUUCUCCUUCAUCAAGGACCUGACGGAGGAAGCCUUCGACCACUGCCUCAACGCCCUUCUUAAGGCGCCCGUGUUCCUGUGUCAGGCAGCUCUGCCUCACUUGAUCCAGUCGAAAGGGAAUAUUGUCAACGUGAGUUCCGGCCUAACUGUAGCACCGAGCCCAGGCAUGUUUGCAUACGCCACUGCCAAGGUUGGGAUGGAAUAUUUCAUGAAAGCCGCCUCUUUGGAGUUCCAUGAAAUUGGCAUCCGCGUCAACACAGUCACACCAGGAGUGAUUGAGACGCCAAUUUUUGACAAAUUUUGUCCAUCAGAAGAAAUGAAAACACAGCUCCUGAACCAAAACGCUAAACAAACGCUGCUGGGCAGAAAUGGACAACCACAGGAAGUGGCCGAGGCUAUCGCAUUCCUGGCGUCUGACGCGGCAAGUUUCAUGACGGCUGCUGACGUCUUCAUAGAUGGGGGGCGUCGAGCCUUCUACCACAGCGGGGAGAAGGCCCCGAUGCCGAAUUAUGAUGACGUAAUGUUGAAAACCGGACAUUGACGCACGGAAGAUGCAUGCAUCAGUUCAG